AUGCGACUGGCGGUCAAGAGUCCGCUCAGACGCCGCCGUCCCGGCUUUGUGAGCCUCCAGCUCGGAAUGGGUCCAUCACGAAUUCAAGCUGGAGACAAGACUACAUACUUUGAACCUCACUUUGACCCGCUUUCCCGAGCGGCGUGCCCACUAUGCACACCCAGGCAGACGGUUCACGGCUCUUGGAACUACGCAAUUCUCUUGGCCGCCAAACUGCUCGCCCGAGGGAGCCCCGACCGUCCACUUAUCCGCGGGGCAGAUCUCGACGCCCAUCUCCACGUCGCCUUUGCGCCCGCUCGGUUCUUCAUUCGAGCGAUGGGGGUGAUGGCUUUUAUGACAUGGUCGAUGCUCUUGGGGAGAUUCUUGUCAUUUCGAGGCCAUCCCGCCGGGGACGCCAACGGCACGGGGUUUGCGCCUCCAGAGGUCGUCCCCUUUCUCGGACCAUCAAGACCAAGCCAGUUCCAGAGAGCCUCCACCCAUAACUCAAGAUACGUCGGUUGCCUUCUGGAACCACUGACUACCUUCAAGCUCCAAGCCAUCCGGCCGUCCUACGGUGACCCAUUCGAGAUUGGUGGAGGAGCUCCAUCGGCCAGCGACGGAGGACGAAUAUUCUACAUUCGGGAGAAGCACAUCCACGAAGUUCGGCCACAGAGCAGCUGGCAGAUGGAUUGCGACGAAAUGUUCCGCCCAAGCGCUCAUUGGCGCUCGCUGCCGCCGGCAUCGUUCCUCGAAGGCGUGGCGCCGUCGAAUGGAGCUCAAGCGAUCGGAAUGUCCCAUGCUCGCGCACGCGUCGGCGUAUCACUAAGACAGACGGACUCCGUGAAGGCGGCUACAAAUCUACCAUACACCAUCAGGAAGCCCGAAAUAGCAAUGAGAUCCUCCGCCCGUCCAAAGUUCAAGGUCAAAUAG